AUGAGUGAGCUGCAGAAAAAAUGGGCAAAGGCGCGUGUUGAUCCAAUGGCAUCAACACCGCAGUUCGACGAGGCCGAGGAACAACAAGCCCCUGCCUAUCACAUACAGCAACAGUCCAAAAAUCAUCACGAAGAGACUGGGACUGUACCGGAGCUGCCAGAGUUUCCCGAAGACGACUCAUCCUCUGCCUCGUCUGCCUCAUCGACAGGGACCAUAGUUCCUUCUGUGCAGCAAAACCUCUUUGCCAGGCCACAAGGGUUCGGAUUAUCCAUGAAUGCGUCCCCUGCCUUGAAGCUGUCGGUGUCUAGAGGUCGCACGUUGGAACCCAUCCCAUGGACGACGUAUUUUGAGCGGGAGCUGUUUCUUGACGUCGGGAUAGAGGGCUCCGAGUCGAUCAACACCUUCCACGCCUACCUCACCUCACCCGUCGGCAAAGGGCCCCUCUUCGUCACACAUCACGGCGCCGGCUCCUCCGGCCUCAGCUUCGCCGUCGUUGGUGCUGAAAUAAGGAAGCUAAACCCAUCCGCAGGCAUCCUAUCUCUUGAUGCACGUGGCCACGGAUCAACGACCACGUCUUCACCCGACGUUGAUCUGAGCCUUGACACGCUAGCAGCGGAUCUGCUGGGUGUCCUACAUGCGACCAAGGACAAGAUGGGUUGGCAGGUCCUCCCGCCCAUGGUGCUGGUCGGCCACUCGCUCGGCGGUGCGGUGGUCACGCACCUCGCGGGACUGCGGCGGCUGGACGACUCGGUUCUCCUCGGUUACGCCGUCCUGGACGUAGUGGAGGGGUCGGCCAUGGAUGCGCUACAGAGCAUGCAGACAUAUCUCUCCACCCGCCCUACCGGCUUCGCUUCGGUUCCGGCCGCCAUCGACUGGCAUGUGCGCUCGCGGACGAUUCGCAACUCCAUCUCGGCCCGCACCAGCGUCCCGGCCCUCUUGACGCACCGCGCCGACGAGGCCGAUGAGGGAGGCGGUAGCGGCGGUAAUGCCAGGCCCUGGAGGUGGCGGACGGACCUGGCGGCCACGCAGCCCUUCUGGGAAGGUUGGUUCGUCGGUCUGAGUAAGAAGUUCCUGACUGGUCGUGGGGGCAAGAUGCUGCUGCUGGCGGGGACGGAUCGUCUGGACACGGAGUUGACGAUAGGGCAGAUGCAAGGCAAGUAUGCAUUACAGGUGUUUCCAGAAGCCGGCCAUUUCAUCCACGAGGAUCUACCCGAGAAGACAGCCAUUGCGCUGGUUGAUUUUCACCGCCGCAACGAUCGAAGUGCCCUGGUGCUCCCGCCAAAGGUGGCGGAUCUGAUAGCGCAAGGGAAGAGGGUGUAGAAAUAGUCUAGAUGGAUACAAAACUAGGUGCUCUUAAAGCAUACGAAUCUCGAGUACAGAAACAGUACGAGAAUAAAACGGACUAGACUAGACUAGAUACUCUAGAACAUGAGAUCUGGGCAAGACGGAACGUAUAGUCUUAAGUACUGGUAUUAUGGCUAACACUGUCCUACAUGAAGUUUUCUUUCAAAGUCCAGUUGUGUAUCUCGGAAUAAACCUGAAUAAACCGCUCUACUAAAUCAACGCCGGCCGUAUGCUCAUGCUAAUAUACACAGAAAAGGGGGUAAAUCAAGGAAUUAUGGGGAGGAAUCCAGUUAAAAAAGGAAGAAAAUCUGUUUGUCGAAGCUAGACCACCGCCUCGCCUCAGCUACGAGUUCAAUGUCGCUGAUUCCAGCGCCGGGGCUUUUGUAACAGGUGACUCUUCUUGCCGUGACCCCACGCCCCUUUCAGACAACAACUUUCGAGGCUUUGCGCUUGCACCCCUGGCUUGGCUCAUGUUGCCACCGGAAGCAAGUGCGGCGGGAUUGUUCUGUUUCUGUUUCUGCUUGUCGUUUUCGUUCUUCUGCUGCCAUCGGCCGCCCUUCUUCUUCUUCUCCAACGCGGCCACUGGUUUGGACUUUUCUUGUCUUUCCGUCAGUCCCAGCUUGUCGUCCAAGGCCUUGGCCUGUUCGACGAGGUCUUCGAGGUUCAAGGCCUCGCACAGGGCGACAUAUGUCUUGCCCUGCUGCGCGCUCCGGAACUCGGGAGCCUUGCCGGGUAUCAUGUUGCCGAGCAGGUACUUUGUGUUUGAGAACUUGUUCUCCAUGUCGAGGCAGAGCCUCAUGAACAUGGGCACGGUCUCGGUCCAGGGGGCAAGGCCGCCGUCGGCCCCGGCGCGGAAGCAGCUCGGGUUCUCCUCGGCGGCCCUGGCGAUCAUGGCCCCGUCGGUGCCGUACUCGGCGGCGAGGCGGACGGCCUCGUCCCUGUCCUUGACGUCGCCGUUCAUCAGGCAGGCGACGCCGGC